UUGUUUCGCCGACUUCGCCGCUGCUGCUGCCAUGGCGAACACGCUGGCGCCGUACCUGAAUGCGAUCCGCGCGACGCUGGACGGCGCGCUCUGCCUGCAAAACUUCCCGUCGCAGGUCGUUGAGCGCCACAACAAGCCCGAGGUCGAGGUGCGCAUGAGCAAGGAGCUCAUCUUGACGCCGAUUGUGAUUUGCCGCAACGAAAACGAAAAGUGCUGCAUUGAGCCCAGCAUCAACUCGGCGCGCGUCUCGAUCUGCAUCAAGCAAGCCGACGAGAUCGAGAGCAUCUUGUGCCACAAGUUCUCGCGCUUCCUCAUGCAACGCGCCGAGCAAUUCAUCAUCCUUCGCCGCAAACCCAUCGAGGGCUAUGACAUGAGCUUCCUCAUCACGCACAGCCACUUGGAGAAUCUGUACAAGCACAAGCUCGUGGACUUUAUCAUCCAGUUUAUGGAAGACAUUGACAAGGAGAUCAGCGAGAUGAAGAUCAACCUCAACGCCCGUGGCCGCGUCGUCGCGACCGAGUUUAUGAAGCAGUUCACCUAGACGACGUGCAGAAGGCGCAUGGAUACAGCCGCGCAUUUGCGUCCAGUGGUAACCAUGUACAAUGAGCCUGUCUUGCUUGUCUCCACC